UGCCUCCCCGGGCACAGGCAACACUUCAGGAUGCCAGCCCCCAUCAGACUACGGGAGUUGAUCCGGACCAUCCGGACAGCAAGAACCCAGGCAGAAGAGCGUGAGAUGAUCCAGAAGGAGUGUGCUGCUAUCCGGUCAUCCUUCCGAGAGGAAGAUAACACAUACCGAUGCAGAAACGUGGCAAAGUUACUCUAUAUGCAUAUGCUGGGAUACCCUGCACAUUUUGGACAGUUGGAGUGCCUCAAGCUCAUUGCCUCUCAGAAAUUCACAGACAAGCGCAUUGGGUAUUUAGGUGCCAUGUUGCUGCUGGAUGAGAGACAGGAUGUCCAUCUUCUUAUGACCAAUUGCAUCAAGAAUGACCUUAAUCACAGCACGCAAUAUGUGCAGGGGCUGGCACUCUGCACUCUUGGCUGCAUGGGCUCCUCAGAAAUGUGCAGAGAUCUUGCAGGAGAGGUGGAAAAGCUCCUCAAAACUUCAAACUCCUAUCUUAGGAAGAAGGCAGCAUUGUGUGCUGUUCACGUCAUUAGAAAGGUGCCUGAACUCAUGGAGAUGUUCCUGCCAGCCACCAAAAACCUGCUGAAUGAGAAGAACCAUGGUGUUCUUCACACAUCAGUUGUCCUCCUUACAGAGAUGUGUGAAAGAAGCCCAGACAUGCUUGCACACUUUAGAAAGAAUGAAAAGCUUGUUCCCCAAUUAGUUCGUAUUCUGAAGAACCUUAUCAUGUCUGGAUAUUCACCAGAGCAUGAUGUGUCUGGGAUCAGUGACCCCUUUCUGCAGGUACGGAUCCUGCGGUUACUAAGAAUUCUAGGGCGAAAUGAUGAUGAUUCUAGUGAAGCAAUGAAUGAUAUACUUGCACAGGUUGCCACUAAUACAGAAACAAGUAAAAAUGUGGGAAAUGCCAUUCUCUAUGAAACUGUGCUGACUAUUAUGGACAUAAAAUCUGAGAGUGGACUAAGAGUCUUAGCCAUUAACAUCCUGGGCCGUUUCUUACUAAACAACGACAAAAAUAUUAGAUAUGUAGCUUUGACGUCGUUGUUGAAAACUGUGCAGACAGACCAUAAUGCAGUACAGCGGCAUAGAAGCACUAUAGUGGACUGCCUGAAGGAUCUGGAUGUCUCCAUUAAAAGGCGUGCAAUGGAACUGAGUUUCGCUCUUGUUAAUGGGAACAAUGUCCGUGGAAUGAUGAAGGAGUUGCUGUAUUUCCUGGAUUCCUGCGAACCAGAGUUCAAGGCAGACUGUGCAUCUGGAAUAUUUCUCGCAGCAGAAAAAUAUGCUCCUUCCAAACGCUGGCACAUAGACACAAUUAUGAGAGUCUUAACAACAGCAGGAAGCUACGUUCGUGAUGAUGCUGUUCCUAAUCUGAUUCAGCUAAUAACUAAUAGUGUGGAGAUGCAUGCCUACACUGUGCAGAGACUCUACAAAGCCAUCCUUGGUGAUUAUUCCCAGCAACCCUUGGUGCAAGUGGCCUCCUGGUGCAUAGGAGAGUAUGGAGAUCUUCUGGUGUCUGGUCAGUGUGAAGAGGAGGAACCAAUACAGGUAACAGAAGAUGAAGUUCUUGAUAUUUUAGAAAGCGUCCUGAUAUCUAAUAUGUCUGCAUCUGUUACACGAGGCUAUGCUCUCACUGCCAUCAUGAAGCUUUCCACAAGGUUCACCUGCACUGUCAAUCGCAUCAAGAAGGUAGUUUCCAUUUACGGCAGCAGCAUCGAUGUGGAGCUACAGCAGAGGGCAGUGGAAUAUAAUGCACUUUUCAAGAAGUAUGAUCACAUGAGGCCAGCCCUUCUUGAGAGAAUGCCAGUAAUGGAGAAAGUCACCACAAAUGGCCCUACUGAGAUUGUACAGACCAACGGAGAGACAGAGCCAGCAGUACUGGAAACCAAACCUCCACCCCCUGGAUUGCAGCCUGCUAGCCAGGCAAAUGAUUUGUUGGACUUGUUGGGGGGAAGUGAUAUAACACCUGUAAUCCCCACUGCACCUACAAGCAAGCCAGCUUCUGCUGGUGGGGAGCUCCUUGACCUUCUGGGAGACCUCAACAUAACAGGUUCUCCAGUAUCUGCCCCUGCACCCCAGAUAGCACAGCCUCCGUUCCUGCUUGAUGGACUUUCAUCACAGCCUCUCUUCAAUGAUAUUGCUGCAGGAAUCCCCUCAAUUACUGCAUACAACAAGAAUGGGCUGAAGAUUGACUUCACCUUUGAGAGGUCAAACACCAACCCCAGCAUCACUGUAAUCACGAUACAGGCCUCCAACAGCACAGAGCUGGAUAUGACAGAUUUCGUUUUCCAAGCUGCAGUACCAAAGACGUUCCAGCUGCAGCUUCUGUCUCCCAGCAGCAGUGUCAUCCCUGCAUUUAACUCGGGGACCAUCACACAGGUCAUUAAAGUCCUGAAUCCACAAAAGCAACAACUACGUAUGCGGAUCAAGUUGACAUAUAAUCACAAGGGCUCAGCAAUGCAGGAUCUAGCAGAAGUCAACAACUUUCCCCCUCAGUCUUGGCAGUGAGGCUCUGGCACCAUUCUUAUUCUCACCCCACCCAAUCAAAAGAACUCUGGGAAGAAGGUUGUGAUCCUUGGCAAUCCCCCAAACUGCACUGUGGGCAUGGGGAACAGAUGAGACCUGCUGAUGAGGAGGAAUUUUCCUGAAGUGAUUGCUGACUUUGAAGCAUAUCUGUUAAGACUAAUCUCCUCUCCUCCGCUGAUGAGGCUGGCAGCUUGUGGAGGCUACUGUGCACUCCCUCACACAUGCGUUCACAGCCAGAAGCAACAUUCCCUCCUCCCCUCCUGCCCCCUCCCUCCUCGCAAAGAAACAAAGCCUGGUUGGAAGAGAAGUCUGGAAUUUCUAGCAGGGAAACUUUCUUCUCUCUGCAGCAAGUGAACAGCUGCCCCUUCUUUCUGCUGUCUUUUUCCUCUGGGGUGGGCAAGGCGUGUUGUCAUUCAUUACUAGCUGGAUUCCUUCAGGCAUUUUCAUCUGGGGCUCAGACUGGGGACGUGGGGAAUGUCAGGCUGCCCUGCCUCUUUCUUCUUGUAUCGCCUGGGUCUGAAGGGGCUGGAGGCUUCUUGCAGCCUAUUCAGUGCAUUAUUGUAUACACUCACCUCUUAGUUAUGUGAUACAUACCAAGAGCAAGUUAGGGCUUGGGACUUCAUCUCUGAACCUCGGACAGUGUGGGAAAAGAGGUGCUGGUGACAGCUGAUAAAUUGCUUUGGUGCUGUACUUGGAAAUGAAGACCUUACACUUGAAUUUUCUUUCUUUCUUUCCAUCAGUAGCUACAGCUGUACAGAUUCACAGACAGUCUUCUGUAGCUUCCCCAGAAAGUGCAGUGAUGUAUGAGAGAUGUAGAGAUCCAAGGAGCAGCUGGUUUUCUACCACAGAUGGUUUCAAAGUCUUUUAACCCAUUAGUUGUGGUUUAUGGGUAGAAAAGACAUAUUCGGUUUUGUUGAUCUGUCUUUGAGCAAGGGUUCUGUUCCUGCUGGGAGACUCAUCAGAAACUAUGCUGCAAAAUUGCUCUUCCCAGUUAUUCCAGACCUUCUCCCCACUUUGAUUUCUAGAAUCUGUUGUAGAUCCCCUGGAUUCCAUUUGAGUUACUUCUGACUGGGAUAUUUGUGUUGUAUCUGUAAUAUUGGCACUGAAAUAAAGACCAUGCGGUUUAAAGAGACCUUUUCCCAUUUUGUUACUUGAUUGAUCCUUGUAGUUUGCUCCUUGCACCCCUUCAGUAAUGUGCUAGUUCAGAUUCAGACUGAAAGUAACUGAACAGGUUUUUGAACAGAAGCCAGUUGUUGGAAUGUUUAGAUCUAAAGAUGUCAGGUCCAGCAUGCUUUGAGGAAAGCUUUGCUCAGUGUCACUUCCUAGUGUGAACUGCUGCGGAGGUAGUUCAGUUCUGUGAAUUCUCUUGGAGGCAAUGUAAAGGACAUAAAGCACACUGUGGCAAUAGUGUUCUGAUGUUCAGCACUCUUCAGGGAAAAAGGAGGAUAUAUCUUAGAUCUUAAUCCAUGAGUGUGCUGGUAAGCUGAAGGUACUCUAGCUUUCUAGCCCAGUGCUUUUGCAAAAGAAGCAGUCAGUACAGUACAGCUGCUUUAUUUCUGUUCCAGGACUCUUCAGAUAGUGAUCGUUCAGUGUUCUGAUGGCAAGCUUAGACAUAGCCUUUUACAUCUGCAAAAGUGCUAACACUAGGCUCUGGUCCUUGCCAAAAACACGGUAAGAGUGGUGCACAGUGUACUUAGGGAAAAUUGAAGACCUAUUCUUUCCUUGAAUUCGGAGCAGGAAGCCACUAAAGGUUAUUCAGUCUGCUUUGGUUUUAACUGCAUUGAGUUAUAUAAUGGAGGACUGACUGUCGCUGACUUCAGUGCUGAUCUUGUAUAGUGGAACAAGUUGAGCUUCUCUUGGAGGGCAUUUUUGCUGCCUUACUGAAUAAACAGGUUUGGGCCUUUGAAUAAGAACUGGAAGUGAUAUCAACAUAGGGUUAUAAAGUCUAGAAGAAUCGUGUAUGAUUUCCUUAAAAGUAACUCUAGGUUGUGGCAGGAUCAUGCCUUGGGUCUCAGUGGUGAGAUAAAUACUGUGCUUCAGCUAGAAGUGUAUGUAUCACGAAGCAACCAAUCUGCAGAAGAUGAGUGUAUCAAUGUCCAUUUGUGGGUGCUGAAUAUUUAUCUUUUGGUUUCACUGCAGUUGUGGCUAUUCACCACCCCACUAGCUCAGACUCUGCAGUGUUGAAGGCUGAGUAUGUUCAAUUUAAACUCCAGUGAGCUCUGAAGUUGUCCCAGACGUGAAAGUAAUGGAGAGUCUCUGCCUUAGUUUCUGAGCUGCCCAUAAGCUCUCCCUUCUACUCACAGAAUUGUGCAUGGUCCCUUGGACUGAAAGCUGGCACACCUCGAUCUCCAGUUAUUUUUUUACUGAGAAAGAGCACUGCUGCAGAGACCAGAUGGGGAGAAGAAGGUAAAUAUGCUGCAACAAACUGGCCAAGUGAGACACUAGUUUGGAACAGCUUAUCUUUUCCCUCUUGUUGCACCUGUUCUCUGUCCCCUAGAGCAGCUGGGUUUUGUGGUUGGUCACUGUCUGGUAAGCCUGUAGGGUAAACUCCUACAAUGCUCUUGAGUCCCUCAGCCACUCUUGCACAGUACUUCACUUGGGAAACAGGUGCUUGUCACAUGCUUCUGACUUGAGCUGAAGGAGGCAGUGCCCAUACCUGAAAUGCAUUUUGCUUGAAGCCAUCUCUUCCUUACAAAGUAAUCCUUUGUAGCAGCCAAACAUUGCUGUUGCCCUUGGAGCUCUUUCAUUUCCCUGCUGAGAGAUGGGUCCUAACAUUAGACCAGAAAGAAGGCUGGGUUUCCCACCUUCUCUUACCUGCAGUACUAGAUACCAUUGCUCACUCCUGGACCCCAAAGUGCAUCUCUAAAGCUCUGUGCUUCUGCUGCUGGGUUUGGUCACUGGAGAGUAUUCACAUGUCUGCAUCUGAGAUACUCUAAAAAUAGGGCAAAUCUUUCUACCAGCUGAAUGCAACACUUCUUACAGGUCUGGUCCCUUGAUUCAGUGUGAGUGGAAUAUAAAGGGAGCAAGACACAGACUCCAUGACUAAUCUUGCUAAUAUCUGCUAAUCUUACUAAAUAUCUGCGUUGGAGACUUUGGAGCUGGGAGAGACUGAAUGUCUGUUUUUUCAAGUGAAUGUAUUUUGAGUCAAAAAUGACAGAAAGGAUAGGGUCCAUAAUGAGCCUGAAAGGAGAGGAGACAUGGAAAGGCCCUAAGAUUUGACUGUGUCCAGGUUUUGAUGAGACAAAUUAUGGCCUUGAACAACCUUUUGAAGCAAUAGCAGUGAGGGGACUGCCACCUAUACAGUACCUUGGAAAAAUAUCGCAGAAGAUGCCGAAACAGCCAGGAAAGGUGAUUCAGUGCCUUCCCCACGGCUGGUACUAGCUGCAAGAUGGAGCAGCGAAGAUGGCUUUUUUUAGAUCUGCUGGUGUGCUUUCUAUGUGUUCAUUUUCUACUUGGGGGCUGUGAGGGAAGGAGCUACUGGAGUGCUUCCCUCUGAACUUUCACUCUAUUCCUGUAUAUUCCUUUUUCUUUCCUGAUGUUGUAAUUUACAUUUUACAUAGAGGCCCAUCCCAUCCUUUGACACUAUAGUACAAAAAAAAAAAAAAAACCAAACACACCGACCAAACCAAAAUUCCAACAAACCCAACCAAAUUUCAAGUAAAAACAUGCCAUUUGAGCAGGGAGCCCAGUGGCAUGCUAUCUUCUGCAGACCUAUUUUUGGAAUGUGAAAAAUUUCAAUAAUUGCUGAGUCUUAGGCUGAGUGAGGAGCAUAACGGAUGUAAACAUUUACAUGGGAUGCAUUAGACUUCUGCUGUGUGUAUUGUCUUUUGGUUGAAACAAAUUAUGA